AUGGUUUCGCUACAGCUGCAACGUGCAACUUGUGCCAUCGCCUUGUAUUUCUUGACUAUUGCGAUUGAGGCUCAAUCAACAGAAGAUAUUUUCACAGUCGGAACUCAGCUGAAAGGAGAAACAUCUACUCUUUCUUUUUCUACAAACGACUGGCUUCCUGGCCAUGCUACUCACUAUGGUCCAUAUCCUGGAUAUCCUGGAAUGUCUGAAAACGGAUAUCAGUUCAACGAUGUGGGUGUUGGCUGCUCCAAUGGAGAACCAGGCGGCGAUCCUCGAUGGAACUCUAUCAAGGAUCAUGGUCUAAUUCAAAACCCUCUUGAUUCAAAAACAGUCUGGCCAAUUGUUCCCACUGUAGCUGUGUCUGAAUUCUCUUGGGGUGGGAGCAACAAGGAUAAAAUAUGCUACCAAACACUGAACAUCCGUAAUGCACACAAUCACUCGCAGCGCUUGACUGCAUAUGUUGUUGAUUUUUGUCCUACAAAAGGAUGCAUGUGGUCUGCAAAAGAGCGACAGUUUAAUGUGGAUAUAUAUGGUCAACGUACAUUCAGUCGACUUGGUGGUGCAUUGAUGGACGGCAUAAUUGAUAUUGAAAUUCAAUGGCCAACAGGAAUUAUCGCCAAUUCAGCUAAAAAUGAUUUUUCGUUCAAGACGAUCCUCAUUGUGUUAGUAUCUAGCAGCUUGCUUGUUUUUAUACCAUGA